AUGGCGCUGCUCGACAAGGUGCCCGGUGCCCUGAGCCUCUACAUCGGCGGCCUCUUCUCCCUGCACCGCCGCGAGGCCCUGGCCGAGGCGAAAAUCACCCAUGUGCUCUCGGUGCUGCGCCUGCCGCUCGGCAGCGAGCUGUUCCGCCCCUACACGCACCGUGUCGUACAGGUCGACGACGUCGACGACGAGAACCUGCUGGAGCAUUUCCCCGAAACCAACCGUUUCAUCCAGGACGGUCUUGACAGCGGCGGUGGCGUCCUCGUGCACUGUGCUAUGGGCAAGUCCCGAUCGGCCACAGUGGUCAUAGCUUACCUGAUGCACAAGUACCACAUGUCGCCGGCUGAGGCCCUCGAGCAAAUCCGCUUGGCCCGCCCGAUUUGCGAGCCAAACGAGGGCUUCAUGAAGCAGUUGCAAAUCUACCACGACAUGAAAAUGGCGGACAACGUGGACGAAUCGCCGGCCUACCAGCGCUGGCUCUACCAGCGCGAGGUCGAGCUGAGCCGCGCUUGCGGCCAGGCGCCCGAGGCAGAGAAGAUCCGAUUCGAGGACGAGCAUGUGCAGGAGGCCCAGGCAGAGCUGGAGCUGAGAUGUCGCAAAUGCAGACGUCCGCUGGCAACAUCGGCGUUCAUCAACAGUCAUGCUGCUUCAACGAGCGAGGCCGGUCAGCAGAGGUUGGACGCCUCGAACUGCUCGCACUACUUUAUCGACCCCCUGUCAUGGAUGAGGCCCGAGCUCGAGCAGGGAAAGCUUGACGGACGGUUCGAGUGCCCCAAAUGCAAGACUAACGUGGGUAAGUACGCCUGGCAGGGCAUGCGGUGCAACUGCGGCGACUGGGUGGUCCCCGCCAUUAGCCUGGCCAAAGGACGCAUCGACGAGGUGCGCAAGCGCGCGGGGAACGCGGAACACCUGUCGAGCAUCAGGAGACCACCUGGCGUAGGAGGAGGAGGAGGCGGAGGAGGCGGAGGAGGCGGCGGCGGCGGCGGCGGCGGCGGCGGACCGAUAGGCCCUGGAGCAGGCGCAGCGGGUACGAGUAGGACUCCCGGGAUGGGCAAUUUGUAG